UUAGUGAAAAAUGUCGAAAUUUAAUUCUAACAAUGUAAAACAUUUGCAGCCCAUCCUUUCCGAGGUUUUUACCUCAAAACCGAUUACAUUUGACUUCUCCAAAUUUAAGGAACCUACCCAAGCAACAAUUUUUGAAACCAAUGUUCUCGACGUUUAUAAAAUAUUUCACAAUAUUUGUUACUAUAUUUGCAUAAUGCCAUUUAAAAUCGUUUACGAGAAAUCGGUUGAUGGCAAAGGUGAAGUAAUUCAAUUCCAGGAAUCAAAAUUUCAAAAGCGAAUAUUUUUCCUUCUGCAUAUCACCCAUUUCUUCUAUGCGUUACCCCACAUUUUGGGGGCCCUUCAAGGAACAGAAAUCCAAUAUGAUCCAUCCCAAUUCUACCAUCUGUUGGCACGAUUAACGGGGUUCUUUAUGGUCGUCUCGUUUUCAAUCGGUUGUAUGAGACAGUCACGAUUAAAAUCAUUUUUGACAAAAGUCCAUGGAUUUCGACAAACUAGUAAUGGCCAGCAUGACAGAUCCAAACUGAUUUAUUCCCUCAUGACCAUACCAUUCGGCCUUGUUUUGAUGUACACCUUUUCCUACCAAAGGGACCGAUUAGAUUUCUCGUCUUGGGAGAAUCUAGCCGAAUCAGGAAUUCAAGUAAUUAUCAACCACGUAAAAUUCUGGGACACCUCGGAGUUUCUCAGGCAUAAUGGAACGACCCCGGACAUGAGAAAUGUUGACAUUGGGUGGAAACUCGCCUUAACCAUAGUUCACAUUUGUCUCAUUGUUUUCGAUUAUGUGUUAGCAAUUCUGUUGGAAGUUUUGGUUUUUAUCAUGUGUUUCAUUGUGUAUCGGAUAGGAUAUGAUUUCUACGACAGGAUCACACUUGAUUCGGAUUCUAUGAAUUUGGAAAAGCUAACCCAAUGCUAUAACGAAGUGAAAUCCAUAAUGCACGAAAUCAAUUGGACGUUUGGAUAUCUGAUGCUGGUUUUUAUCUUGGCUGCCAUCCCGUAUUAUGGAGUUCAUAUGAUCGAAAUCUUCAGUGGGACGUGGAACCAGAGAAUUGAAACGGUUUACUUUGUCAUGCUCUACAGUGUUGCGCUCCUCUUGGCGGCGGAAGGUCAUCGCAAGUUCCAGCAAUUUUCCGAAUUUAUCUUCGACAAUUAUAAACAAAUUGGGACAGGGAAUCGAGAAGAGGUCUCAAUUUUGAUUGCGGAAGUGACAAAUACGCAAAUCGGGUUUAAAGGAUUCGGGUUUUUCACAAUAUCGUAUGGAUUUCUUGGCAAUGUGCUUGGUCUGGUGUUUACUCAUGUAAUAAUUAUGUUGCAAUUCAAAACUGCCCAGAAAUAUUAAAAGAUUUUUGUUUUCAUGAAAUCAAUUUAAAUAUAUUUAUGGUGAUUUGGACCGGGUACACAAAUGGUCAAAAUACGGUAGUAGGUUAAAGCAUAAAAGUAAA